AAAAACAAGGGCCAGGACGGGAGAGAGAUGAGGUGCUGUGUUCCUGGAUGCACGAGUGCAAACCUGCACUGGGGAGGAGUGAAAAUGAGACAUUACAGCUUCUUCAGGUUUCCCGUUGAUGUGAAGGAGGCAAAAGAAUGGCGGGAAAUUCUCAAAGUGAAGGAGGUACCGGGAGUGUCUCAAAAGAUUUGCGAGAAGCACUUUGAGCCGAAGUAUCUCGAGGCGUUGCCCGGGAACAAGAAGAGACUGGACUGGAGGGCAGUUCCCAUGCCAGCUGAACAUGUGAAAAAUGACAUCUGUGCUGGUCAGAUUGUGGACAAGCCAAAGAGAAAAGCGCCAGAUGUGAAGAGUGAAUUCUUCAAGGUUCUACAAGAGUAUAAAAGGGCGAAAGAGAAGUACUUCAAUCUCUUGGGCAUUCCAAAGGAGUUUGAAGAUGAUUUCGACGAUGCGGAGUACUUUGGCAUUCACUAUGAUGGUCUCCCCUGGUGGGCGCGUCCCGUUGUGCAGCCAUCCUCGGAUGAGGAUGUCCAGAUGAAGAAUGAAGAUGAGAAUGCACACAAGAAACUGUGCCAAAUGUGUGGAAAAUUGGAGGUGAACCACGAUCUGCACAUGCUUUUGUUCCAUCCUCCGGAAAUUAAGGCGGACAUAGAAGUUGAGGAGGUUCAGAUUCAAGAUGGUCAGCAGAUUGUAUUUGAAGAAUUGGAACAGGAUAUUGAUGAGCCUAUGGACACUGAUUUCCCCGCAAAUGACUAUGAUGAUGAUGAUGAUGAUGCUGAUGUGACUCCAGUUAAGCAAAAUGCUCCGGAUGAGAAAAGCGAAUCAGGUCAGAAAUACAUGUGCAGUUGCUUCAAGAUUUUGCCCAGUAUCAACGCUCUUGUGGAUCAUAUCUCGAAGGCGCGCGACUCCUAUCCAGCCCAAAUGCACAAUCUCGAGUGCACAAACUGCCAGUCGCAAUUUAAGGAUUUGGGCCUCUUCAAGCGGCACAUUGACGCCGAUGGCACGCUGUGCUUCAAGUCAGCCAACCUGGUGGCAUUCGCUGAGCCGCUCGCGGUGAAGAGGGUGAAGGCAGCGAGACUGAGGGCACUAAAUCAUGGCGUGAGGGCCUCGAAGCUGAAGGAGUGCGGAGGCUGCGGAAUGAUGUUUCCCCUCGGACAGAGUUUCAUGGAGCACCAGAGAACUGUGCAUGGCAUUGAGUCGGCGGAUGAGUUGGUCAACUAUUUGAUGGAACCGACAGACUUCAGCAAAUUGGACGAGCAGUAUUCGAAGGAAAUUGAGCAUGAGGAGAAGUACAGAGAGAAAGUCAAGUAUUUUAGAGAAAUGGACAUCCCUAGGGAGUUUAUGCAUGACUUUGACGAUCCAGAGGAGUAUGGCCAUCAUGAGGGACUUCCAUGGUGGGCGAUGCCUGUGAAAAUUGAGGAGCAUUCGGAAACACGGAAGAAGUCGAUGCUGCGAAAGAUGGUGACUAGGAAGACGAGGAGCAAAGACAUUGAGAGCGCAGGAGUGGAUGAGAAUGCAGAGGAUGACGAUAAUGAUGAGGAUUCGUCAUUCCGGUACGUACAGAGGGACAGAAAGGAUCUCUGCCAGUACUGCGGUCAUAUUCGCGCUCACAUCAAUAAACAUAUCAACCUGAGGCACCUGUGCAAGGACAAGCCGUGUGAUGACUGCGGCCAGCCGAUCAGUUUGAUGAAGGAGCACACGUGCAUCGGCUAUCCGCGGCGCAGGAACAAAUAUAAUUGCACAUGCGGAGAGGGCUUUAAGCUGAUUGAGACUCUUCACGCCCACGUCAAUGUGGAGAAUGGAAGAGGCCGCGGGAUCCACAGAUUCAAGUGUGGCAAGUGCAAUGAGAGUUACGACAACAAGACGGACUUUGACAACCAUGUUCUGACUCAUGCUGGUAUUUACCAGUGUGACUUAUGCAAGAAGACCUACCAGACCUCGUCUUCGCUGAAGGCUCACUUGAAGAUUCACACGGAGGAGCGCAAGUAUCCGUGUGAGAUCUGUGGGCAGAGGUUCAAGAAGAAAAUAUACGCCGAAAACCACCUCGAGUUGGUGCAUCGUCAGGUGCCAGUGCCGUGCCCACACUGCUUUGGCAUGUUCAAGCCCGGAUUGUCGCUCAACAAUCACAUACAGCGACAGCACUUGAAUCGGCGCGACUACGUGUGCGAUAUUUGCCAGAAGUCGUUCAACUCACUCGGGGCGCUGAAGUAUCACCUUACGAUCCACACGGGCGAGCGACCGCAUCCAUGUCCCUUCUGCCAUCAGGCGUUCAAGACCAACAAGGACUUGCGACGGCACUACGCCAAUCACAAGGAUCUGACCAUCAAGUGCCCGAUGUGCAAGAACCACUUCCUCAAUGAGGAGGAGCUCAAGGAGCACUGCAACCGGUAUCACCGCGGAGGCACCGACUCGCGAGAGCAAGUGAUUGAGCAGAUUGACUACAUUACUGAGGAGAUUGUGGAUGAUAUGGCUAUGAUGCUUCACGCUUGGAAGAAUUACAAGCAAUUCGCUUGGGGUAGAAAUGAAUUGCGGCCAAUCACGCAGAGUCCGCACACGAAUGGUGUUUUUGGAAACUCCAAUGUUGGUCUCACCAUCAUCGACAGUCUGAGUACGCUGCAUAUUAUGGAGCUUUAUGAGGAAUUUGAAGAGGGAAAACGGUGGCUGAGGCAGAGAUUCUCCCUUCAUAAUAUUGCUGCAGAUGUUUCAGUAUUUGAGAUAAAUAUUCGCCUUGUGGGUGGAUUAUUGUCCUGCUACGCCUUGACUGGAGAUCCGCUGUUCAAGGAGAAAGCUGUUCAUGUGGCUGAUAAGCUGUUGCCGGCAUUUCGAACACCAACAGGAAUUCCCCUGGCAAUGGUUAAUCUUAAAACUGGGAUGGCCAAAAAUUAUGCCUGGGCGAGUGGAAGCAGCAGUAUAUUGUCAGAAUUGGGUACAUUCCAUUUAGAAUUCACAUAUCUCAGUGAUAUCACAGGGAAUCGUAUUUAUCGCGACUCUGUAAUGAAUAUUCGUCGAAUUCUCAACAAAUUGGAGAAACCUGGAGGACUUUAUCCACUCUAUCUCAAUCCGAGGACUGGAAACUGGGGCCUCUGUAAGAAAUGCAAGUUUCCUCCAAGUGUGAAAAGGGAUUUAACAAUGAAUCUUCCAGAUCACAUGUCGCUGGGAGCUUUAGGGGACAGCUUCUACGAGUACCUGCUGAAAGCCUGGAUUCAAUCUGCUGGUGAGGACGAAGAAGCUCGUCUGAUGUUCGACGAAGCAAUGCCGCCAAUCAUUGAGCAAAUGAUCAGGACAUCUCCAAGUGGUUUGACUUACGUGUCGGAUAUGAAAUUCGGACGACUGGAGCACAAAAUGGAUCACUUGGCAUGCUUCGCCGGAGGACUUUUCGGUCUUGCCUCACAAACGCUCGCCAAUGAGUGGUCGACAAAGUACAUGGAAGUUGCCGAAGGACUCACAAACACCUGUCACGAGAGUUACGUGCGAACGUCCACAAAAUUGGGCCCAGAAGCGUUCAGAUUCAUUGACGGUGUUGAAGCUGAAGCCGUGAAAUACACAGAGAAGUACUACAUUUUGCGACCAGAAGUGAUUGAGAGUUACUUCAUCAUGUGGCGCUUGACGCACCAGCAAAAGUACAGAGAUUGGGGCUGGGAAGCUGUUCAGGCGCUCGAGAAGCACUGUCGAACUGCACAUGGGUAUUCUGGAAUCAAGGAUGUCUAUGCAAAGGCGCCGCUAAAGGAUGAUGUGCAGCAGAGUUUCUUCCUUGCGGAAACGUUAAAAUAUCUUUAUCUGCUGUUCACAGACGAUUCGGUCAUGUCACUAGAAAAGUGGGUAUUCAAUACAGAAGCUCAUCCACUACCCAUAAAAGGACUCUUUGGUCCAGAUUGCAUUGUUCAGAAACUCACCGAGGAUGUAAAGCGCUCCGGUCAUGCCAAUGACAACGAUGCGACCAUGAAGAUGAUAAGGCCGAGCAUGCCCUCGCGGCGUGCUGGAUACUUGCGGAAUGACAUGAAGAGUUCGAUCACAAUGCAGAUGAAGAUGUUGGUGUGCAGUACGUGGUUGAGCCAUCUGCAAGAGGAUCAGUUGCGGUGUUUAGUGGACAUUUUUGGAGCGAGAAUAAAGAUGAACUCACGUUGGAACGGCAAGGAGUUCAAGGUUCCUGUUGUGUGGAUCCUGGGUGGUCCGGGAUCGGGCAAAGGAACGCAGUGUGACAAAAUAGUGGCUAAAUAUGGGUUCAGUCACUUCAGCACGGGAGAUCUCCUGCGCGAGGAAGUGGCUUCGGGAUCGGAUCUCGGCAAAGAGCUCUCGGCGCUGAUGCAGCGCGGUGAUUUGGUGCAGAACGAGCACGUUCUGGCCCUGCUGGAGAAGGCCAUGCUCAAAGUGGCCGACUCGACGGUGGGCUACCUGAUCGACGGAUACCCUCGGGAGAAGGCUCAAGGAGCUGCAUUUGAGCAAGCCAUCGCUCCAGUGGAUCUGAUUCUAUAUUUGGAAUGCGCAGAGGACACAAUGGUACAACGGAUUCUAUUUCGUGCCUCGCAAAGUGCUCAAGUUCGAGCUGAUGACAACGAAGCUACGAUUAAGAAUCGCAUUCAUAUUUUCCACACCAACACCGAGGAAAUUCUAUCGCAAUACGGAGAGAAAGUGAAGCGGCUACCGGCUGAUCGCCCUAUUGAGGAGAUUUUUGCCGACGUCUCCAAGCACUUGGACGAGUUAAUUCGCCGGGACAGGUGGCGCAGCAGUCGCAAAGCAUUCGAGUGGCUCAUCUGGCUGAAUGCCACUCAAUGGUGGGAAGACUUUCCCAAAACAGUGCGAAAAGUUGCCAAAACGGGGGCUGAAAUGUUGAAAACUGUUGGCAAAUAUGAGACAGACGACAAAGUGAUUGUAUUUAAAGUUAGAACCAAAAAGGAGCCCGCGUGCAUCAACAUAAUCGACUCCUCAGACAACUUCACUGAGGAAUUUACAAUUGUACCUGUGGAUUCGGCCCUGGAGAUCUGUGAGGAGUAUGCCGAGAGGAAGUGGGAUAAAGGCGUGAAGCGCAGACUGAACAAAGUCUCUGAAGUUCCCGGAUCACAGAUAAAUGAAACCUCUCAAGUCCCAACAGACACAUCCAAGAGCUCCAGGUCAAAGCCGAGGCGCAUGCAGACAUGCGAGAUCUGCGGAAAGCACAUGAGGCAUCGUCAUGUGUGCAAUCUCAAGCUGUACGGAUGCACUUGUGGCGUGGCCUUUGCCCUCAAAGGGGAAAUCGACGCGCACGUGAGGGAGUUUGGACACGACAACACUCCUCACUCUCUCCAGUGUCGUCGGUGUCCAGCGCUGCUGAACAGCUCCGAUGACUUCGACAGCCACCUUGUGGCUGUGCACAGGAUGUACAUCUGCCUUCUGUGCUACAAGCAAUUCUCCACGGAGGAGCGCCUGAAGCAGCACCUGGACACCCAUGCAAACCGCCAGGUGAUCAAGUGCAGCGUCUGCUUCGUGGAAUUGGCUUCGCGCGAGAGCCUCAAUCGCCACAUGAAGUGCAUUCACUUGUUUGAGGCGAAAAUCACAUGUUCCUUCUGCUGCACCAGCUUCAUCACCAAGGACGACCUACGGUUCCAUGUGGAGUCAGUCCACGAGGACCGCAGCGACUACGUGUGCACCGUGUGUGGAAAUAUGUUCGACCAGGAAGACACUUUGGCACGCCACAUGGCCACUCACACCGAACCUAGACCAUUUAAGUGUGCCUUCUGCCAGGAGAGCUUCAGGCUGCCCAGGGACUUGCGCAAACACAACUCAGCGCACCGGGAAUACAUGCUGAGAUGCUCGUCCUGUGACUCAUGCCAUCUCAAUCAGCAGGAGCUGAGUCUCCAUCUAAAGCGUCACCCCAGUCAUAGGAAAGUGCCUCCAGUGCCUGGGAGUUCUUCCUCUUCAUCCAAAUAAAUUCUCUGGUA